AUGCAACAACAAGCUUCUUCAAUUUUGUACACUCAGUCAUACCUUUCGCCGCAAGAGCAGCAGCGGCAGCGGGUGCCACUUAUUAACGAGGUGAAUACCAUCAGCGAGAACGCUAGUAUCAGCAAAAAUAUGCACCACCCACCACCCCUAACCGCCUUAACUUCGCCUGUUAAGGAGCCGGACCCUAAGAAUCUUAUUGUGAACUACAUCCCAACCUGUGUUACGGACGACGAGUUGCGGAAACUUUUCGACCCAUUCGGAACGCUGGUUUCUGCUCGUGUCAUCGUCAAUCGCACUACGAAACACCCAAAGGGCUACGGUUUCGUAAAAUACACCACCGAGGAGGCUGCAAAGAUGGCUAUGGCGACCAUGAAUGGCUAUGAGAUCGAGAAUAAGCGGUUACGGGUGAUGCAGGCAAACGGUCCACAAAAUCGUAGCUUAUGCCAAUAUGCAGAUACACCGACACACGCAUCGUCCAUCGGGUUUUCCUAUUCUCAGCCAUGCAACCUCGCAGCGUCCCCGAGCGCCGUGAACGGGCUGCCGACCUUUCUCACCACGCUGCCGGGGUCGCCGAUGAACGCUGAAGGUGAGAUCGCGCCCACACCGCAGUUCUUCCAGUCCACGAUCCUGGGUCAGCCGUGUACAAUGCUCGGCUCGGGCGGCACGAUCUACCUCCCGGCGUCCACUAAUAUGCCCACCGUCGUGCUCGCUCCUGCGAACCCGCCGUCCCCGUCGCAGCCUUCACAGCCAGCCUACCCUGCGUACUUCCCCGGCUCAGGCUCGAGUGGGCUCUUCCUCGUCGAAGUCGACACCCCCACCUAUGCGGCGGCGCCAAACAGCGCGGUGCCUCGGGCCCACGGGGCCCCGUUCUCGCCCGUCCCAGCCGCGGCGCCUGUGUUGGGCCCCGUGGCCCCCUCCGAGGGUUUCGAGCUUGGCGGGCCGUUCCUCGUGAAACCGACGUGCGCCGCCGCGGCCGGGCCCGGAUUUUACCACAGCAGCACCAACCUUGGGAACGGCCUCAACUUCGUACCCCAGCAGGACGUGUGA